UUUAUACCAUCUCUCUCUCUCCCUCUCCCUCCCUCUCCCUCCUUCCUUCCUCCCUCUCUCCCCUCAGUCGGGUUUGAGGAGAUCUCUCUUGGAGCUGGAGAGGAGAGGUUGGCCGUCUCUCUCCUCCAGCAGCCGCCGGGCUUCUCUGCAGCCUUCCCGCCGCUUCAUCAUCAUGGAUUUUGGGACUAAAAGAGUCGCUGGGAUUAUCGCUCAGGUCGUCCUGCUUCUCUCCAGCUCGUACGGGACAACCGGAGAAGAGGUGUGUGACAGCGCGCUGGUGUCCAAUCUGCCACCUUCAUCCUUCAGAAGCUCCUCCCAGCUGUCCAGCAGUCACGCACCGGGCUUUGCCAAACUAAACAGGAGAGACGGAGCUGGAGGUUGGUCUCCUCUCACCUCAGACAGGUAUCAGUGGCUGGAGGUCAGCUUGGGCGAGCGGACCAAGAUCACCGCUGUUGCUACUCAGGGCCGCUACGGCAGCUCUGAUUGGCUGACGUCGUACCUGCUCAUGUUUAGCGACACGGGGCACAACUGGAAACAGUACAGACAGGAGGACAGCAUAGGGUCUUUUCCAGGUAACAGUAAUGCAGACAGCGUGGUUCAGUAUAAACUACAGCAGCCGGCAAUCGCUCGCUUCCUCCGCCUCAUUCCUCUGGACUGGAACCCUAGUGGAAGGAUUGGACUGCGGCUGGAGACCUAUGGGUGUCCUUACACCUCUGAUGUUGUGAGUUUCGACGGCGGCAGCAGCAGUCUGGUGUACAGGCUGAGUCCCGGGCCGAGGCAGCCAUCCAACGACGUUGUCACUCUGAAGUUUAAAACCCUGAGGAAUUCUGGGACACUGCUGCACGCAGAGGGAGAGGGAGGACUGGGCCUCAGUCUGGAGUUAGAGAGAGGAAAGCUGCUGCUGCUGCUCAGACAAGGUGGGACUUCAACCUCUGAACCCCGGCGUCUCACGUCCCUCGGCAGCCUGUUAGACGAUCAGCAAUGGCACCAUUUAGCAGUGGAGCGACGUGGCUCUCACCUCAACCUCACUGUGGACAAACACACAGAGAGGGUUCAAAUCCCUGCAGAGUUCAGCCACUGGGACAUCGAGCAGCUGAGUGUAGGGGCAGUCCAGGACCUUGUCACCAAGAGGAACUUUCAUGGCUGCCUGGAAAACCUGCUGUACAAUGGCCUCAACCUGAUAGAAUUAGCUAAACGCAAAGACCACCAAGUUACUGUUGAGGGCAAUGUGACCUUUUCUUGUGCUGAGUCGGUGUCCGUCGCUGUGACGUUCCCAGGCCCCCAGAGCUUCCUCCAGUUGCCUGGGGCCAUGCCGUCCUCGUCAGGGGGCUUGUCAGUGGGGUUCCAGUUCAGGACGUGGAACAAGGCGGGGCUUCUGCUCACCUUUAUCCUGCCUCAGGAAGGGGGCGUGGCCUGGCUGUACCUGAGUGAGGCCAGACUCUGGCUUCAGAUCCAUAAAGCUGGCAGGACACUGCUGGAGCUCAGUGCAGGUUCUGCUCUGAAUGACGGUCAGUGGCACUCAGUUGAGUUGAACUCCAGACAAGGUCAUCUGAGCAUUGUUGUAGAUGGAGAAGAAGGAGGUGUCGCUCAUGCCAGUCAUCCUGUCACCAUAGGAAGUCAACUCUUCUUUGGUGGUUGUCCUGCUGAAGAGGACAGUCAGGAAUGUAAAAAUCCCUUCGACAUCUUUCAGGGCUGUAUGCGUCACCUCAGUGUGGAGAACCAGCCGGUGGACCUGAUAAUGGUGCAGCAAAGACUGCUGGGAAACUACAGCCACCUGCAGAUCGACAUGUGUGGCAUCAUCGACAGGUGUUCUCCCAGCCGUUGUGAACAUGGCGGCCGCUGCAGUCAAUCCUGGACUGUCUUCCACUGUAACUGUUCUGUAAGCGGCUACAGCGGAGCGACCUGCCACAGCUCUGUGUACGAACAGUCCUGCGAGGCGUACAAACACAACGGCAACACGUCAGGACAUUUUUAUAUCGACGUGGACGGCAGCGGACCAAUCAAACCACAGCUGGUCUACUGCAACAUGACAGAGGAGAACACAUGGAUGGUCAUCCAGCACAACAACACAGAGCUGACCAGACUCCGACCGUCUCCAGAUGGGAACCAGCAUUCAGUUCACUUUGACUACUCGACUGAAGAGGAGCAGCUAUUGGCCGCCAUCAGCCAAUCAGAAUACUGCGAACAGGAACUGUCCUACCACUGCAGAAGGUCCCGCCUCCUCAACACUCCAGAGGGCUCUCCGUUCAGCUGGUGGCUCGGUGGUCCCGGUCCUGGUCGUGUCCAGACAUAUUGGGGCGGAGCUCAGCCAGGCAGCCAGCAGUGUGUCUGCGGCCUGCAGGGUGACUGUGUGGACCCACAACACUACUGCAACUGUGACGCUGACCGCAUGGAGUGGACUGAAGACUCUGGCUUGCUCACCCAUGAGGAGAGCCUCCCUGUACGUUCUCUCGUGCUAGGUGACAUCCAGAGACCAGGGUCAGAGGCCGCCUACAGGGUGGGCCCGCUCCGUUGUCAUGGAGACAAGAACUUCUGGAAUGCUGCGUUCUUUGACAAGGAGACGUCGUACCUCCACUUCCCCACCUUCCACGGAGAGCUGAGCGCAGAUAUCUCCUUUCUGUUCAAAACCACGGCCUCCUCUGGUGUGUUCCUGGAAAACCUGGGCAUCAAAGACUUCAUCCGGAUCGAACUGAGCUCCUCCACUCAGGUGGUUUUCUCCUUCGACGUUGGUAACGGGCCACUGGAGGUUAGCGUGGAGUCGAGCGUCCCGCUGAACGACAACAGGUGGCAUCGAGUCCGAGCCGAGCGGAACGUCAAGGAGGCGUCGCUUCGAUUGGAUGAACUCCCUGUCGCCACACAGGAGGCUCCUGCUGACGGACACUUCCACCUGCAGCUCAACAGCCAGCUGUUCAUAGGAGGCACAGCGUCCAGGCAGAAGGGCUUUCGGGGCUGUAUUCGCUCCCUGCAGCUGAACGGCGUCACCCUGGACCUGGAGGAGAGGGCGAAGAUCACACCCGGGGUUCGACCCGGCUGCCCGGGUCACUGCAGCAGCUAUGGCUCACUGUGCCAGAACCAGGGUCGCUGUGUGGAGAGAGCCAACGGCUUCCACUGUGACUGCAGCCUGUCCGCAUACACUGGAGUCUUCUGUCACACAGAGGUGUCGGCUAGCUUCAAGUCGGGGACAUCCGUCAGCUACACCUUCAAGGAGCCGUAUGAGCUGAGCAGGAACAGCAGCGCCGUGCCGUCCUCCAUCUACUCGGACAUGACGCUGAGAGGAGAGAACAUCUCCCUGAGCUUCAGGACCAACCAGAGUCCGGCUCUGCUGCUCUACGUCAGCUCCUACUACAGAGAGUACCUGGCCCUGCUCAUCAACAAGCAUGAUGUGCUGGAGGUGAGAUACAAACUGGACAGCAGCAGAGAUGUUGAGGUGUUGAGGAGCAGAGUGAAGAGCCUGGCCAAUGGACACCUUCACACUGUAACCAUCAGGAGACUGACGGACUCUGUGACUGUGCAGAUUGACCAAAAUGCCGGAGAGGAAUUCAACCUGACAUCUGACGGAGAAUUCAACGCCAUCAAGUCGCUGGUAUUGGGCAGAGUGCAAGAGUCCGAUGAGAUGGAUCCAGACGUUGCCAGGCUGGCGUCUCUCGGUUAUACCGGCUGUCUCUCAGUGGUCCACUUUAACUCCAUCAGCCCUCUGAAAGCUGCUCUGCUCUACCCGGACACCAGCCCUGUCAUCAUCACCGGACCUUUAGUCCAGUCCAACUGUGGCUCCUCGGCUUCAGCCAAUCCCUACGCAGCAGAGAACACACACCACCUGUCAGACCAGUCCGGUUCAGUGGGUUCAGGUCAACCUUUAGUCAAUGCCAUCAGGACUGACUCGGCUCUGAUUGGAGGUGUCAUAGCAGUGGUGAUCUUUGUGAUUGUGACCGGCCUGGCGAUAACUGCCAGAUUCCUCUACCGGAGAAAAGAGACGUAUCGAAACCAGGAAGUAAAGGGAGUCAGACAGGAGGACAGCCCAGAUUUUCCUUUCAAUAACCAGAUUGACUCCCAGAAUGUCUCCACUGAAAACCCAAAGGAGUAUUUCAUUUAACUGGAGGCCAGAUGACCUGAUGAACUGGUGGUUGCAGACAGGGGAGUCCUGCCACGCCUCAGGACUUUACGCCGCACUCAGGGCCUCUCAGAGACUUCACUGGAGGCUCCACAGGAUAUGAAAAAAAAAAAAAAGGAACAGUGCACAUAGUUUUGUCUUUUACUGUAUAUAAUGUAUAUACUGAUACAAACAGGCAACAGUGCUGGACCUAUAUGGUGUUGUAAAUAUUCAAAGAUGUAAAUGUGGAAGUCAUGUCUACAGCUAACUAGUGUCACUGUCAUAUUGAACUGAGAUUCUGUUUUGUGAAUUUUGUUUAAAUGGUUUAAAGUAUUCAAACACAACUUUAUGUCAGUGAUUCAGGGUGCAUGGAAUGGUGGCUGGGGUCGUUUGGUUAAUGCACGUUUCUGUGAGGAUAAUGAAUGGAUGUUUGCUUAAUUGGAAAUGGAAAUGUUUGACCUGUAAUUAAGCCCUCAGGAAGAGUAUUAUAUAAGAGCCAGUGUUUGGUAGUGUGUUGACGUGUAAUGACUUUUUGUGCAGAGCUUCAGGGGAGGAACAGUAUGCACUCUUUAGAGGCUGUGGAGCCCUGAUGAAGAGUAACCUGUGUGAAAAUGUGCAAACAUUGUCAGAGUCCUUGCAGCCUGCAAACAUCCACCAAAUACCAGGACAUUGUAUGAUGAUUUUCUAACUCCAGACAGCACAUGAAUUAAACAUUUUCUUGAGUGAUUUUCUUUUUUCCAGCAGUGUUGUGCUACCACAGACGUUUGGUGUUAACAAGAGACGUCUUCAAAGUCAA